AUGAACGCCGAUCAGCUCUCCGAUUUCUUUUACGAGGUGGCAUUAGCAGGAGCUGCUAUCCCGAAAAAGGUAGCUGAUCAACGAGAAGAAAAUCAUCUGAAAAAGAAAUUCCUGAACAAAUUCGCUCCAAGUUCAUUGUGGGCUGCAAGCUAUAUCGCAUCGAACUACACAGAUGUCGAUUUGAUUCAGACUACGAUUGCUCAGAUUCUUUCUUUAUAUUAUAAAUCAGGAGUUCUUCGACUUUAUGCCUUGCAAUUCGUGCCCGGAUUUGUUUCGUUGUAUCUCCUCGCAUUGUCUAAAAAACAACAUAAGAGUGUUUCGCUGUUCGAAACGUUCUUAGUGGCUAUCUACAAUGAGGAAAUCAUCGAGAACGCUGAAACGAAUGAGAAGAAGGUGGAGGACAUUCGAAUUCCUUCGAUACGCCAUCACAGCGUCUAUCACGACCCCGUGAAAAUCCAAGUGCAAGCAGAUGUUCCAAUUAUCAGAAAUGUCGGUAUUACUCCUGUUUUGACCACAUUACGGUUCGGACCUUUUCCAUCGGUCUCGAAAAUGAACGGAGAGAACAAGUUUAUGGUUAUGAACCGUAUCCUUUUUUCUGUAAAUGAAUCGCUGUUCGAGGUUGCAUCAGAAGUGGCAGCAAGAUAUGUUUGUCUAGGAACUCUUUCAGAAGUCGUUCUUCAACUAUUCCUGAAAUCAGAAGUGUUUUGA